AUGGAGGGCCUCAAGAGGCAGGUGGAGCUGCUGUACGCAGCGCUACAGCCACUGGAUGUGGGCCACAGCUGCCAUCGUCAUGGGCAGCCAACAACCCUUCCCGACGAGGUGGUGUCGGAACUGCAGGUAGCGCUUGCCCGCGCAACGGCGCUGGCUCACUGGGCCACCGCUGUGCAACGAGAGCAGCUGCUGCAGCAACGUCCGAGUGGCGGCAGUGACGCACCAAGUCUGCAGUGUGGUACCUCAGCUGCACAGCAGACGCUUGGCAGUGUCGCUGAGCUUUUCAAGGUGUCUGUCACUGACAUCCGCCAGUGGAACCCGCAGCUGCCGCCCACGCUUCGCGAGGAAGACGUGCUGCCGCCCGAUACCUACCUCAAGUUACGACCUGGUGCGUCCUCGGUCUCGCCACCGCCACCGUCGUCGACGUCGACGCCGGCGUCGCGCACAAGACUCGUUGCCGGCUCUACGGGGUCGUCGGGAGUCGCGGUGAGUGGCCACACCUCGGCGAAGGCGCAGGGGACUGAUGCAGGGUAUGGCCACAGCGUCGGCGCUCGCUGGCACAACUCCGCAGCCAGUAGCACUCAGAGUAGUCGCUCGAGCAGGACUGCUGGUGGUGCGGGCGCCUCCAUCGUUGGAAUCGGCAGCGGCAUCUUUCCGUGUGGCAGCGAAGGCGGCGCGAGUCAAGGGCGAUACAGCGCCUGGACUGCGGACAGCGGACGUGGCUCGAGCCACUCUCCUCAAGCUCCGGAGCUGUCGAUGCCAAACAGUUGCAUCAACGCCGCUCCACCCUCCUGCGCGCCGGAACCAGUCAUGAUGUCGGUGUCCAGCAACCCGUGCUCCCCGCCAGACAGGUACUAUCUGAUAGACUUGAAGGAGGACGCGAUGGAGUCGCCACCAAGUCCGGAGGGCGAUGCGCGUGCGAACGGCAAGGCCCGCUGCAGCCGCAGCGCACCCAAAGACUCUCCUCCGUCACCACCUGUGCCUUCCCUGGCGCCGUCCCCGAUGCUCCUGGGUGCGACCACUUUGCCAGCAACAGUAGCAGCAGCGUCGGCCAUCGAGGCGACGCCGUGGCACGACAGUUUUCCUCGGCAAGAGUUCAUUGAUGGUGGUAGCUCCGUCACCACUGCACGAGAGGUCCGCAUGCGUGACCACUCCCGUUCCCCUCCCUGCAGCCGAACUGGGGAAGCGCUGACGAUCUCUGUCGUGACGUCGAGAGGGCGCCACCUUGACAUCGGUACGAUGGCGCCGCCUGGCGCGAACACCACACCUUCCCCGAUUAGACCGCACUCGUCCCUGGCAGACGGUGAGAGUGAUGGGAGGGAUCCGAGAAAGCGCAGUGCCGGGUCUGCUGCAGCAGCGUCUGCGGUGCAGUGUCGGGAGGUGAAGGGAGGAGCACGGGCGUUGGGGCUGCCGUCGCCGGCGCGGGAGACAAGUGUGUCACUCUCUGCCGUCUCGCCGCCCUCUUCGCUCGGUGCGGAUGGGCGAAGCAACAGCGCGCACAGCCGCAUGCGCGGAGGCGCGGAGGGGGAGGGAGAGCUAUGUGGCGCAGAGGUGCCCCGGCACCAAUGGUUCUCACCAUUGCAGCAUUACCAGCGUGUCUCGGCGUUGUCACCGUCCCUCGCUGCUCCGUCGGACACCUCGUCGUGCUCGCCGAUGACGAAGGAACAGCGCCCGCCGUCAGCCGCCACAGCAUCCAAGGCCGCAGUGAACAGUGGCGACAUCCACAGUCCGAGUGACUUCCUGACCCCCGUUCAGCACCGAGGCCGUCGUGGUGCGCAGCGCACGGCUGGCAAAGCCUUUUCGAGCACCGGCCGCUCCAACAUGGACGGCAGCCCUCUCAGCGCCUCGUACUCCUCCCCUGGAGGCCACUUGGGGAUCGAGGCUGAGGCGACUGAGUCACCAAGGAGCGAUACAGAAGACUACUUUGAGGACGAGGACGAGGAGGAGAGGACCCCCUCUAUGCGCCCUCCGGCCAUGCUAGGACGUCACGUCAGCAGUCCCCCACCGAACCUCAGCCGCUCCCAGCAGAGCACCUGCACCGGAACUCGCCUCUCCACCGCUCCGGCUCGCCUCUUCACUCCUCCACCUCGCCGCGCAGUCGAGUCCCCACAGCAGCUGUGGCAGAAGCCAGGCGUUGAGACGGACGCGGGGCCGACUGCGCCGGCGAUGCGCUUGCCGUCCCCGCCGUCGCUGGCUGGUCCGUCUCCUCUGGAGCCGCUACAGCAACGGCUGCAGGAGUGGAGUGAGUUGGACGACCCCCUCGAGGGGUCGCAGCUGGCGGGCGGGGAGGACUAUGACACGCUCGAGGGCAUCGCCGCAGCGUACAACCUAACGGUUUCCACCAUCAUCGAGUGGAACCCGUACCUGAAGAAGUACCGGUCAAGUGAGCCGCUCCCGCCAGACCUGCCCAUUGUCUUGCCCAUGUCGAGCGAGGACGAGGAGGAUGGCGAGGAGGCGAACAGCCUCGUGCGCGAGGCGGACUCUGAGCCGCUGCGGAAGCCGCAACCCAGGCUUGGGAGUCACACGCCUGGCGGGUAG